UUAGCUGUAAUACUAAUAAAAUGGUUAAUAUGUUACUUGUUGCUAAGAAGGGGUUUGGUUUAGGAAUCAGUGCUUUAUUAGUAUACAAGUUUAAGGAAUAUAUUACUGAAAAGCCAAUCCUAAAUCCCGUUGUUUCAGAGGCAUUGUCAGUAAAUUUGCUACUGCCAGAGUCUUUGUCCGUAAAGAAGUCUUUACCUUCCAGAAUUGAGCUACUAUCUUUAAUGAAAAGUGGAACUGAAUAUGAUAUAUUAGUGAUUGGUGGUGGAGCCACUGGCUGUGGUGUUGCUCUUGAUGCUUGUACAAGAGGUCUUAAAACAGCGUUAGUUGAAAAGGGAGAUUAUUCAUCUGGUACAAGCAGUAGAAGUACAAAACUUAUUCAUGGUGGUGUGAGAUAUUUACAAUCAGCCAUUAUGAAUUUUGAUAAAGAACAAUACCACUUGGUCAAAGAAGCAUUACAUGAGCGUGCAGUAAUCCUUAAAAAUGCUCCAAAUGCAUCAGAAACACUUCCUAUACUUCUUCCAAUUUACAAGUGGUGGCAAGUUCCAUACUUUUGGAUUGGUAUCAAAAUGUACGAUCUUGUAGCUGGUAGAGAGUUAAUGAAAAAAAGUUAUUAUAUCAGCAAGGAAAAAGUUCUUGAACAAUUCCCUAUGUUAAAAAAAGAAAAUUUAUGUGGUGGAAUUGUAUAUUUUGAUGGGCAACAAGAUGAUGCUCGUAUGAAUUUGUUAUUGGCUUUAACUGCAAUACGUAGUGGUGCAACUUGUUUAAAUCAUGUUGAAGUCAUAGAUCUUCUUACUAAUCAGGACAAUGAAGUUUGUGGUGCACAUGUUCAAGACAAGUUUACGGGCGAAGAGUGGUAUAUAAAAGCAAAAUGUGUUGUAAAUGCAACUGGUCCAUUUACUGAUGCUAUUAGAAAAAUGGGUGACAAAAGUAGUAAGAGUAUUUGUCAACCAGCUUCAGGAGUUCAUAUUGUGUUGCCAGAUUAUUAUUGUUCUCGUAAAAUGGGGCUAAUUGACCCAUCAACAAGUGAUGGGCGUGUUAUUUUUUUCUUACCUUGGCAAGGCCGUACUAUUGUUGGAACUACUGAUCAAAAAUGUGAAAUAACAGACACCCCAGUUCCAACCCAAGAAGAUAUUGACUUUAUUAUAAAAGAAGUAUCCAAAUAUUUUUCUGACCUUAAAGUUCGCCAUGAAGAUGUUUUAUCAUCAUGGAGUGGAAUUCGUCCUUUAGUGUUAGAUCCUUCUUCACCUGACACUCAAUCAUUGUCUAGAAAUCAUGUUGUCCAUGUCAGUGACAAUAAGCUUGUGACUAUUGCAGGAGGUAAAUGGACAACUUAUCGUGCUAUGGCUCGUGAUGCAGUGGAUGCUGUCAUAAGCUCAAACAAUUUUAUUGCAAGCAAAUGUGUCACGGAAAAGUUAUUUUUAGAAGGAGGUGAAGGAUGGCACCUGACACAGUAUAUAAUGCUUAUUCAAAAAUAUGGCUUAGAUAGUGAUGUAGCAGAAUAUCUUUCAAGAGCAUAUGGUAAUAGAGCAUAUGAAAUAGCUGAACUUGCAACUAAAAAUAACUUAGGUCAAAGAUUGGUAAAUAAUUUCCCAUAUAUACAAGCAGAAAUUGAUUAUAGUGUAAAAGAGGAAUAUGCUUGUACAGCUGUUGACUUUUUAGCAAGAAGAAUUCGACUUGCAUUUUUAGAUGUUAGUGCUGCUAACAGUAUUUUGCCUUUUGUUGUGACAAAAAUGGGGGAUCAACUAGAUUGGAACAAAGAACGAAGAAAGAAAGAAAUUGAAGAUGCAAAAAGAUUUUUAUUGACAAUGGCUGUUAAAUAAAAUAUUUUGAUUGGAACGUGAAGAGAAUUUAGUUUCAAUAUUUGUAACUUUUUGUUAAACGGAAAUAUAGGUAUCGCGGUAGCUAUGUGUAUAUAUAUAUAUAUAUAUAUAUAUAUAUAUAUAUAUAUAUAUAUAUAUAUAUAUAUAUAUAUAUAUAUAUAUA